CAGCUCCCAUUGGCCUCUCCGAGAGCUGGGGGAGGACCCCUGGACGCCCCAAAUAAAAGCCCAGAUUAGCCAAGGUUACAAAUAAUGGUCGGAUGGACAGGGGCUCUGCAUUGUGCCCGCUCAACUCCAGCCUCAGUUUCCGGUCCGGCUCGCUCUGAUUCCAAAAAUGGCCACCCCCUUGGAAAAAGCCCUCGACACCAUGGUGGUCACCUUCCACAAAUAUUCCCAAAAAGAAGGAGACCAGUUCAAACUCAACAACAUGGAACUGAAGGAGUUGCUGAAACAGGAGCUGCCCGGAUUCAUUAGCAAGAAAAAGGACGAGUCCACGUUUCAAAAAAUCAUGAGCAACCUCGACUCCAACAAAGACAACCAGGUGGAUUUUCAAGAAUACGCCACGUUCCUGGCUUGUAUCGCCAUGGCGUGCAACGAUUUUUUCCACAGCUUCCCGGACAAGAUGCCGCGGCAGAAAUAAAGCCGGGGAGGGGGGCGGCGGCGUGCAAAACAGGAGCGGGCCGGCGUGCAAGACGGGCGGGCAGAGUCCACAGGUGUGUGUAAGGUGGCUUUUCCCCCCUUGUAGCCUUUGGUUGGUGCAACAGCUUCGAACGGGGGAGCCUGUCUGGCGAGAAUAGCCAGUCUCUCUCUCUCUCACACACACACAACACGCACACACACCGACAACAAAAUAAAGUUUGCUUUCAAAAAAAAAAA